AUGCAGGUGAAUGGCACUCGAGCCGCGCCCUCUGCGAAAAAGAAGUCCGUCGUUCUCGAGCCUGAACUCGAACAAACGCCUGCGCCGGACUCAGGCGACGAAGAAACCGAGGAGGUCUCCCAAAGCGAACUCAUCGACUCCGUUGUAUCCUACCUCCAAGUCUCCAAAGAUCCCGUGGUCGCCCGAGCCGAGUAUUCCAACGACAAAGUUCAGAGUAACAGUCCACACAAAGUGUCGGCAUAUGCAAAGAUCGCAGGCCGAGACUGGACAUAUUUCGUGCGCGAACAGUCAGUGAAUUUUGGAAGGCCGCCAGACGACAAGCCGAUUGCGAAUGGGGCAUCGAGUCCCGUUGCGGACCUGAAAGAGGUAUUCCCUGUCCACAUAGACUUGGGCCCAAGCAAGAUCGUCUCGCGGCAUCAUGCCUCAGUCUACUACGAUGCGGAUUAUCCAGAGGGUGAAGGCGGCUGGCACGUCAGGGUUAAUGGCCGAAAUGGCGUGCGGGUCAACAACGUUCUGAUCAAGAAGGGGCUCAGAAAACAGCUCAAGUCAGGCGACAUACUUGAAAUUGCCGGCACACAAAUGAUGUUCGUCACGCCGGACGACAAGGUCCAGAUUGAUCCAUAUUUCAUGGAACGUGCCAAAGCCCUGGCAGCAGGAGAAGACGUUGCUCCCACUCACCCGCAGUCCGAGUCGGCGAGAUACGAUCCUGGAAACGAAGCAGGCGGGAACUUCCCUUCUCUUGCCCCAGCUCCCCCAAAUUUCAAGCGCGAGACUACACCACCGGCGCAGCUGGCUGACGGCAAGAGUCAGCGUGGCGUGUUCGACAGCAAGAUGGCAAUGUCGCCUAUGUAUGGCCGUGGUAUGAUGAUGGAGAGCACUCAAGAAAUCGACUACAGCCGGGAUAGUGCUAAGGACCUCAAGCCUCCAUUUAGCUAUGCAAUUAUGAUCGCCCAGGCUAUCUUUUCGAGUGAGGACGAGAAGAUGACGUUGGCCAACAUCUAUUCUUUCAUCGCGGACAAGUAUGCGUUUUACCGUCACUCUAAUAGUGGCUGGCAGAACUCUAUUCGUCACAACUUGUCGCUCAACAAGGCGUUUCAAAAGGUCCCCCGGCGGACUGAUGAGCCAGGGAAGGGGAUGAAGUGGCAGAUCGCCCCCGAGUAUCGCCAGGAGUACUGGAAGAAGCAAGCUCGUCGAGGUGGUUCGGCACCUUCUUCUCCUGCUUCCGGCAAAGAGGUCAACCCAAAUUUCAGAGGUCCAAACGGGCAGAACCUCGGUUACGAUACUAGCAUGGUAGGCCAGUUUUCAGCACGAGACAUGUCAGAGCGAUCCGGUGGCCCUCCUGGUGGCAGGAUGAAUUUACAAUUCCCAUCCUUCAACCCUGGCCCGCCAUACCCGCCGGGGCCCAACCUUGCACCUCCUGUUUCGCAACCUCACGAAGCAGUCACACCGUUGAGAAGGAGAACCGACACCAUAAAUACACUUCCUGACAUGGACUUGGAGGACUCGCCAUUGCGACACGGGCAACCAGGGCCAACACCUCGUGUGGGAAAUGGUCUCCCGGUGUAUACGCUACCCUCUUCUGUUCCUCCGCCUCACCACUCACCCACGAACCCGACCCUUUCCUCCUCCUACCUAGACACACCGUUUCACCCGUCACAGCAUAGCAUAAUAACACCAGCACCAUUGCGACAAAACCCCAGACUAGCACCACCCAGUACGCUGAUCGCGCCCAGUAAGUUCAUGCCAGAGUCGUCACCUGCAGGACCUCAAGGACUCUUCUGGAAAGGCAUUAUGGGAGCCACACCAGGACAGCCACUGCCCGAUAUUUCACCUGUUAAGGACGAGGACCAUAGGACCAACGGCAUUGAGAGACAUGUUAUGAGCUCCAGUCCGCCACCAAUGGAUCCUAACAUGGGAAGUCCAAGCAAACCCGCGAGGAGCAGCCAGGCCACCUUCAGCUCGAGCUCGGCUGUGAAGAAAGAAAGCGCGGCACCGCUUGCUCAGCGCGAGAAUGGCACAACUUUAGAGGACAAUGGCAGAUUUAGCCGCAGUUUCUCUAGCAAUGGGCCUGCGAUCAGUCGUCCAACCUCAUCGAGCAGGUUUCCUCCACAGCCUCCUGCGAGCAACUCAGAUGCAAAACCAAGCCAUGAAGAUGACGACGAUGACGGUGAUGGAGGCUUUGAUUUAGCUAAGGGCUUUGCCCCUAUCGCUAGCGGAAGCUUUCAUUCGCAGAGAAGCGGCAGCCUCGGUGUUGCAAGGGCGGGAUCAUGA